CUACCUCGCCGGCGCGCGGUAGAAAUAGCCCCAACCGACCCCACCCCGAGGCAGCAAAUAGCAUCACGUCUCCUCACGCCGGAGAGAGAGAGAGAGAGAGAGAGAGAGACGCCGGCAAUGGCGGAGUGGAGGAACAUGGCGGCGGGGGCGGCGGGUGGCAGCUUCACCUACAUCAACGAGACGACCGCGAUUGCGGGGUCCAUCAUUGUCGCCCGCCUGCAGUACGGCCUGGCCGCCGAGGACUGCCGCGGAUUCGGCCCGGGCGUGCACCCGCCGCCCAACGCCGGCCAGGGCGCUUCAGCAGGCGGCCCCAUCAUCGACCUCGCCAUCGCCCGGGUCAAGCGCGUCCGCAGGCUCCACGCCGUCCUGGGCAACGUCUUCUCCCUCUGCGUCGCGCGCAUCGGGCUCCAGGGCAACGCGCUGGGGCGGUGGAACAGCUGGCAACUCCAACACGCCGACGCCGCCCGCCGCGCGGAGACGGCGCUGCAGCGCCUGCUCUCCGCGAGGUCGCACGGCCAUGCGGCCUUCAGCGUCUUCCAGGUCAUGCUCAGGCCGCCGUCGCCGCCAGCAGUCGCCCACGCCUGGGCGCCCGCGGCCGAGCAGCUCCUGCUCCGCGCGAUCGACGAUCUGGCUGCGGCGGAGGCCGCGCUGGGGCAGAUGCGCCCGGCCAUCGUCGCCCAGUACAUCCACGCCUGGGUGCUUCUGCACGGCUGAUAGCGCGCGCGGCGGCGAUCACCGAUCUCUCUUCUGCUUUGUUCUUCCCGGCCCGUCUCGGGUUUCCGUCGAUCAAGGUUCAUGUGCUAUGUCGAUCUGCUAACUGUGAUUACGAUGCACUAGCGCUACUAUUAGUUUCAGUUUGUGCUCAAAGAUUUGAUCCAAAACUGCUCGGUGGAUCAAGUCGAUCGACUCGAGCUUCUCUUGACUCUUGAUACGGCUGAGAAUUACAUCUCUUUGCUUGAUUAGUAGUAGUACUCAAUCUCUUGAAUCUUGAUCAGUUAGAUACAGUUUGUAGCUGCUGCAACUUGUUUCUACAAUCAGCUUAAACCCAAUAGAUUCUGUUAGCUACAUGGUGGAUGCAUCAUCUUUGAAGUUGAAGGUUCAGGUGCUAUGUGGAUCUGUGAUUACGGUGUACUGCCAUAUAUAGUUUCAUU